AUGUUGAAAAAAUCAACUCAUCCGAUGUCGUCAUCUUCCAUUAGAAUGUCGUGGACACGUUCUGAGAACUCUUUCAGAUUUUUGGGCCAACCAAAAUGUCGGCACGGCUUCUUUUUCGAAAAUGGGAACGGGGGUAUAGUUCUCAGAGUUUUGCAGAGAACUCUUUCAGAUUUUGAUGAAGAGUCAGAAACCAAUGAAUAA